CCCCCAGGGAAUCCCAGUCCUACCCCUGUCUAGAUGGAUGCCACAGGUCCCUGGACCUCUGUUUCCUACUCUGGGUCGUGGAUAUACUAACAAUCCCUCCAAGUCGCUAACCUCUGCGCCCUGUCCCCCAGGAGAUGCGCUCCGUGCUGCGGAAGGCCGGCUCCCCGCGCAAGGCUCGCCGCGCGCGCCUCAACCCUCUGGUGCUCCUCCUGGACGCGGCGCUGACCGGGGAGCUGGAGGUGGUGCAGCAGGCGGUGAAGGAGAUGAACGACCCGAGCCAGCCCAACGAGGAGGGCAUCACUGCCCUGCACAACGCCAUCUGCGGCGCCAACUACUCCAUCGUGGACUUCCUCAUCACCGCGGGCGCCAAUGUCAACUCCCCCGACAGCCACGGCUGGACACCGUUGCACUGCGCGGCGUCGUGCAAUGACACAGUCAUCUGCAUGGCGCUGGUGCAGCAUGGCGCUGCAAUCUUCGCCACCACGCUCAGCGACGGCGCCACUGCCUUCGAGAAGUGCGACCCUUACCGCGAGGGUUAUGCUGACUGCGCCACCUACCUGGCAGACGUUGAGCAGAGUAUGGGGCUGAUGAACAGCGGGGCGGUGUACGCUCUCUGGGACUACAGUGCCGAGUUCGGGGACGAGCUGUCCUUCCGCGAGGGCGAGUCGGUCACCGUGCUGCGGAGGGACGGGCCAGAGGAGACCGACUGGUGGUGGGCCGCGCUGCACGGCCAGGAGGGCUACGUGCCGCGGAACUACUUCGGGGUAAGCCCAGGGGGGAUGUCAUGGGGACGUCCCGACGGCUGGGGAAAAGGGGGAUCCCACAGGAAAAAGAAGAGUUGACAGGGACAAACUGUUAUAUUGGGCGAGGGAGGUCAGAAAAUCUCAUUAUUGUUCAUGGAGAGGAGAGGAAGAGUCCAUUCUAUUUGAUAGUAAUGUCGGGAAUAAGGGUCCCUUAUAGUUAGGGGAGUAGACGAGGAAGAGCCCUUUAUUUUAUUUUUAAACUUCUAUUAUUUAUUUAUUUAUUUUUAAAUGUUGUUUAUUUAUUUCUGAGAGGGAGUCUUGCUCUGUCGCCCAGGCUGGAGUGCAGUGGCGUGAUCUCGGGCCACCUAGAGGGCCUCUAGGGCUGACAUGGGGAUUCAGC